AUGCAGAUUGCUUGUAUUCUGGAAGUUGAUCAUGGUCACUUUGCGGAUAGUGUUAAAAAGACUAAGAAAGUAACGAAACAGGUUGAAAACAUUGAGAGAAGAAAGAAAGUGGCGAAGAGGUGGAAACCUGGGGAGAGAGAAUUUAAUACGGCAGCUUUGUCGCUGGAGCUGAAACGGAAUGAGUCUGUUAUUGAGUCAGCAUUUUCUUUAGCAAUUGAAAGGAUGUUCCUUGUAUCCUUAAAGAAUAAAUAUGCAGAUGGCCAAGCGAUAGCCGUUAAACUUUCCAAACAAAUAAAGCCCGCCGCACACUGGUAA